AUGAAUCAAGUUGGUAUUCAACUUUUUGACCUGCCCAAUGAAAUAUUACUUAUUAUUUUGAAAAAACUCGACAAUGUUGAUGUUCUUUAUUCACUAUUUGGUAUUAAUAAAAGACUCAAUUUUCUAACAGAAAAUUAUCAAUUUACUAACAGUCUCAAAUUGGUUUCAAUAUCCUCACCUGAUAAUGUUUCUUCGUUUGCUGAUAGAGUACUUGAUCGAUUUUGUAAGCAAAUAUUACCUAAGAUUGAUCAUAAUAUUAAAUCUCUUGUUCUCGAACCAUUGUCGAUGGGAAAAAUUCUUUUUGCUGCCAAUUAUCCUAAUUUCAGUGAGCUUAAAAUCUUUAAUUUUAAUAAAAGUAUUGUCUCAUGUUAUUUCACAGAUGAGUCACUUAAUCGGCAUAUUUUCAAGGAACAGAUAACAACCCUUGUCCUUAUGAUGAAUGAAAACAUUGAAGGAAUAUCAAUGAUAGAUUAUACAACAAAUGUCUAUGGAUAUAUAUUGACUUUCUUUCAACAUUUGAAGUGUUUGAGUGUUAUUGACUCAGCAAAAAAUGGAUACCCAUCAUUUUCACUUUGUGAUUUACCAUCGACAAUGUGUUAUUCUUCUACUCUGACGAAAUUACGUAUUGAAGUGAACAAUUUUGAAGAUUGUUUUUGUUUACUUGAUGGUCGUCUUAAACAAUUAAAUACGUUUAUUGUCCAAAUAAACGAUAUAGAAAAUCAUUCAUCGAUGACGCACAAUAUAGAAGAUCUGCCUAAUUUGAAAUGUUUUUCAUUAACAUGUUUUGACGUAACUGAUGAAUACGAUUAUCAAAUUCUUCCUCUUCUUCGCCGUUUACAAUAUCUUGAAGAAUUAACUUUAUAUCUUUGGAUUAAUGACCGACAUACAUUCAUCGAUGGUAACCAUCUUUAUAAUGAAAUACUUAUUAAAAUGGCACAACUUGAAAGACUCACAUUUUAUAUAAGUAGCUAUACUUACAUUGAUGGUUUAGUUCGUUGUUUAUCUAAUGAUGAUAUUAAAUUAACAUUCACAGAUAUCGGAUAUGAAAAAGUAGCUUGUAUUAUUGACUACAUGUACGACGAUAAAGCCUUAUGUCAUGUUUUUUCGCUUCCAUUUGAAUUUGAUUGUCUAGAAAGAAUUGGCAAUAAUUUUCCAACUAUUGUAUUUAGUAACGUUACUUAUUUAUGGGUGUGUGAUACAAUACCAUUCGAAUAUGAAUUCUUCAUUCGAGUUGCUCAAUUUUUUCCACAUCUUAGAAAGUUUCAUGUUAUGAAUGCAUUAUCACCAUCAUUGAAUCAUACCGAUUUUCAACGUGAUACAAAUAAUUCCUAUUCAAUUGUCGAAUAUCCUCAUCUAACAUCACUUACUAUAAUAUAUGUGCACAUUGAUUAUGUUGAACAGUUUCUACUUCAUACAAAAAUUUCUUUACCUCGUUUAACUGAACUAAAAGUGAAGUACGAGAAAUUGAAAAUUGUCACAGAGAAUUUUACGCGAGAUGCUACGCGACUCAAUUGUCUUCAAGUUAAACGAAUAAUUUUUGAAGAGACAAUAGUUCAUUUGAAAGAGUUUUAUCUCUAUUUUCCUCUCUUGUAA